GUACAGAUACCCCAAAAAACGUGCUUGAAAGUAUUUUUACCUAAGUACUUUAAACCAUUGGUUAUAGCCCUAUUUGGAUGGGUGUUACUAGAGACGUUGGAUUUGUAAUUAUUAUCCAAGGAUAUGCGUUAUUCCAGAGGACGAUUCACACAAGAUGAGUUCGUUUUUCCAAACUAUCUUUUUGUUCAGUGCAUUUAAAUUGAAGUGUGAUCAUGCUGAUUAUUUUAGUGAUCCAUCCAUGGCAGAGCUACCAUUCGUUAGGUUCUCCAACCCUAAUCUAGGGCAUCUGAUUAAUUAAUUAGCUGGAUGAUAAACUGAAUCAGGUUAGUUAAAAGUGGGGUUGGAGCAAAACCUAUAGGAAGGUAGCUAUCCAGGAACAGAAUUGGAGAGCCCUCACCUAUGCCAUAAAACAGGGUUGAAUUAAAUAGCCUAAACUAUAGAAAACACAUUUUAUUGCAAAUUUAGGCCUAAUUCAACUGAUACAUUUGGCGAUGUUAAAUUUAAAUUCACUGGCACAACGAAUAAUACCUUAACCGUACACCAUAGUGAUUGCCUAGUAAAUUGACCAAAAUUAUAUUUUAGGCUUUGUAAUGUGUAUCUAACCAAGAUAUAGCCUAUGCGAACGGCACUGACUGUCUAUCUGCCUGCUCCUCUUCGCUAGUGUUUGAUCUUCGGUCUGUUGUGUGUAGACUAGCUCAGCCCACUCAUUGAUUGUCCCUACAUUGCAAGACAAGACAUUCCUAUAUCCUACAUUUUAUGAUUACCGAUGCACGGUUCCGACUGUUUGCAUCUCUAUCUAUCGCUAGCUCGCUCUCUUUGCUGUGAGAGUUUUGUUUUUGAAAUAUACAAGGGAAAUAGUUUCCUCCGUUGCAAAAAAUACUGAAUCUUAGGAGUCGAGGAGUCAAUUCCGAAUCUUGACGGCGGGCAAGGACUCGAGGAAUCGAUUAGAUGAGGUGCCGUCAACUUCGCCUGAUGACUUGUGUUUGACAGCGACGCUCUGCUGUGGAAAGGGUGAAGAAAAAAGACAAUGGAAAUCUUCAAAAUGGACUAGUUCCUCCUCUUCUGAAGUGUGUUGGGAAUAGCCAAACCUCCUCCAGCCACCAUGAACCACUCUAACGAGUCGACCCCACUGUGCUUUUCCAUCAACAGUCCCCCCUUCAACUACACCCACACCAUUGCUUCCGCCUACUUCUCAUCAGUGUUUAGUGCACUGGGCCUCACCUUCAACCUCAUCGCCUUCGUGGUCCUCCUGAAGUCCUUCCUACGCACGCAAAGCCGGUCGCGCUCCUCCUUCCUCAUCUUCCUCUGCGGCCUGGUGUUUACCGACUUCAUGGGCCUCCUGGUCACUGGCUCCAUCGUGGUCUCCUUCCACUUCACCCAGUUCAACUGGCGCCUCCUGGACCCGCACUGCCACUUCUGCAACUUCAUGGGCAUGUCUAUGGUCUUCUACGGCCUGUGCCCGCUUCUGCUGGGAGCCACCAUGGCCAUGGAGCGUUUCGUGGGCAUUAAUCGGCCGUUCGCCCGCUCGACCAGCAUGAUGACCAAGUCGCGGGCAGUGUCCAUAGUGCUGCUGGUAUGGGCAGGGGCGGGGUGCAUCUCACUGCUGCCCCUGGUUGGUGUUGGGAGCUACCACAUGCAGAUACCGGGCUCCUGGUGCUUCUUUAAAAUUAGCUCAGAGGCAAGCGACAUGGCCUUUUGCCUGCUUUUCUCACUGGUAGGGCUGCUGUCCAUCGCUGUGUCCUUCCUGCUCAAUACAAUAAGCGUGGUGACCCUGGUCAAGGUGUGCUGCAGCCAGGACGCUAGGCAGCGGCGCCGCGACUACGAGGUGGAGAUGAUGGUGCAGCUAAUCUGGAUCAUGAUGAUCGCUUCCAUCUGCUGGUGCCCCCUGCUGAAUAUUGCCUCACAGAAUGGAAACGGCAGCCAACCGAGAUGUCUCCCAAAUGGUCGGCGAACAGGGAUACCUACUUCGUCAACACCACGAUCAGCUGGCGCACCUGGGAACGGAGUUCUUCAACGUCUAGAUUCUUCCCCAAGGGAGUCACUCCCAACGAGCGGCGGAUCCUCUACCAUGAGUUCACCCAGCGAACCAGCACCCCAGCCCAUUCAGCAGUCUGCCCAGGUCAGCGAUGCCCGUUUGUCCCUUCCAGACAAAUAUGACGGGACUCCAUCCAAAUGCUGUGCCUUCCUCCCCCAGUGCUCCCUCUAUUUUGCUCAUCAAACGGGAGCUCCCAUCACUGAGCACCUACUUGAACCACGACAGGGGGACCAGACUGCUGCGGAGUACGCACUCACCUUUCAUACUGUGGCAGCAUCCAGCGGAUGGAAUGUGCUGGUGCUCCGCAUCUUAUUCAGAAGAGGUUUGAGUGAGGAGGUCCAGACGUAGCUGGCAUGCCGAGAUGACACUCUCUCAUUGGACGCACUCAUCGCAACGGCCAUCUGUCUGGAUAACCUCCUUCGGGAGCGUCAGCACUCCCAUCGCUUAUAUCCCUCCUUUGUUGACUGAUCUGAGUCAGAGCCUGAACCAAUGGAGGUAGGGGCUACGCGUAUCUCCACGGCUGAGUGAUGCUGUCGAAGACAACUGGGGCGAUGUCCCUAUUGUGUCCAGGAGGGACAGCUUCAACUGUGUCCACUAAGUUCUAACCCGAGAGUCACUAAAGCAGAGGGACGGUCCAAUGAUCAUCCGUCUCAUGGGGUAGAUCAGGGUGUGAGUAUUCAUCUUCACUCUCCAACAAACCUUUCUUAGUACCUAUUUCAAUAGCUGUCUGUCCCUCGUGUUGUUUCCACAGCUUUAUUUGACUCCGGAGCCACAGGGAAUUUUAUUGACCAGGCCCUUGCCUCCUCCCUGAACAUCAUACCCCCUCUCCUCUCCGUUUUCAGUUCAAGCACUAGAUAACCAACUACUGGGAUCUGGCACAGUCACACACAUCACAGCACUACUCACCAUCACCGUGGGAGCCCAGAUUCAAGAAAGCAUCACCUUCCUCAUUAUCCAGGCACCCGUACACAAAGUCAGCCUCCCGUGGCUAAACGCCACGACCCCACCAUGUCCUGGCCGAGGAUGGAGAUUACGGCCUGGGUACCCAGAUGCCGGAAGACCUGAUUUUCCUUACCUUGUGGUUCACGUAGGUUGAGAAUCCUGUGGUUUUCCUCCAGGCCGACAUCCCAGAGGUUUACCAGGAUCUCUGGGAGGUUUUCUCCAAGACUCGCGCCACCUGUCUCCCUCCUCUUUGCCCCUGGGACUGAGCCAUCAACCUGCUUACAGACUCUGCGCCUCUGCACAGCCGCAUCUACCCAGUCGGUGGCUGAAAUCAAGUCUUUGAAGGAGCACAUCCAGGAGGCUCUCCAACAAGGUUUAAUCCGCCCAUCCGACUCCCCUGCAUUGGCUGGCUUCUUUUUCGCAGUGGUGUAAAGUCCUUAAGUAAAAGUACUACUUAAGUCAGUUUUUGGGGGUAUUUGACAACGUUUACAUCACUACAUUUCUAAAGAAAAUAAUGAACUUUUUACUCCAUAAAUUUUCACUGACACCCAAAAGUAGUCAUUACAUUUUGAAUGCUUAGCAGGUUAGGAAAUGUGGUCUAAUUCACAUACUUAUUAAGAGAACAUCCCUGGUCAUCCCUACAGCCUCUGAUCUGGCAGACUCACUAAACACGUGCUUCGUUUGUAAAUUAUAUCUGAGUGUUGGAGUGUUGAAGUGUGCCCAAUCUGUAAAUUUAAAA